GGUUUAUACCCACACAACACAACACAACACAACCAAACCACCACAGUUAAUUAUCCAUGGCUUCUCUCUUCUCCACCACUUAUGCUUCCCUUUCCUACGGUGGACGUGGACCCGCCGCCUCGAAACCACCGCGGCGCAUGGUGGUGGUAAGGGCGGAGGCCAUCAACCCGGACAUCCGUAAGACGGAGGAGAAAGUGGUGGAUUCGGUGCUUCUCCCCGAAAUCUCCAAGCCUGUCACUGCUUACUGCAGGUGUUGGAGGUCGGGGACGUUUCCUUUGUGUGACGGGGGCCAUUUGAAGCACAACAAGGCCACCGGAGAUAACGUUGGCCCGUUGCUCUUGAAGCAGAAGUGAUUUCCUCAACAUUAGUAAAUGGCAUCCUUUAAAUAGUUUUUUGUCUGUUUUGAGUUGGAACUCUUUUCUUGUUUGUGAGUUAAAAGCAAGAGAGUUUUUCCCAUUCUAUUGUUUCAUUGUCGAUUAUCUCAAAUUUGGGUAUUUUGUGUAAGAAAAACUCACGAGGACCUCACAUAUGCUUGCAUCAAUAUUUGGUGAAGUAAGGUUUAUUUUUCCAGUCUACA